AUGAUUGCGUUACAAAACCAAGCUAUUCUGCCUUCCGCCAAAGUGGAUAUCUCACUGCUGCUGAAGCCCCAAGAUGAGGAGGCCGCCACCCCCGUGACCUCUGCAUCCAACUUCCCUCCGAAUCCGAUCCCGCAAGCUCCAAUGAUUCCGGCAAUCCCCAUCACGACCCCGACGUCCGUUCCUUCCGUCACGCCUCUUACAGCCAAAGCCCCAGUAUCCAUCCCGGCGAAGCGCCUACAGCCAGCUCAUACGGCAGAAUCUCCAGCCAAGAAGCAGUCAAAAUGGUCGCCGGAGGAGGACGCACUGAUUAUCGAAUUGCGGGGAAGUGGUAUGAAAUGGGAGGACAUCAGCAAACGACUUCCCGGUCGAAGUGCGAUCAGUUGCCGUCUUCACUAUCAGAACUAUCUAGAGCGCAGGAGUGAGUGGGACGAGGAUAAGAAGAAUAAGCUUGCGCGACUUUAUGAGCGUUUCAAGGCGGAAAUGUGGUCCAAAGUGGCAGAAGAAAUGGCGAUUCCAUGGCGAGCUGCAGAAGCUAUGCAUUGGCAACUGGGGGAACAAGAAAUGGCGCGCCGAGCCGGAGUAGUCCCCUUUUCGUUGUCGAGUACAGCAAUUGAUCCCCCUGCCCCGAGGGCUCGCAGAGCUAGCACGUCUCUAUCUCGGCCACGAAAGGGAUCGGCAUCGCGUCCAAUUGCUCCUCCACAGCUCCCAUCCGUCGAGGAGUUAACCGCCGGCGUCCCGGCAUAUGCGCCGCCGCCGCCUUUUCCUCCUCCGCGAGAAGCUUAUCGGUUAGGACAUCCUUUAGACUUGAGCAGCAGUCAUAGCAGUCAUUUGGGACCACACCUUGGUCUCCCCCCUCGAACUCUUCCUUAG